AUGCCGCAGAAGAGGUCGAGCUUCGGAGACCAGGGGUUCCACCCGAGCCAGUGUCGAAAUGUUUGCUUGAUCAUUGAUGAAGAGAACGCCAAGUUAUCGUAUCCUCCGCCUGUCUUGGAGAUGCUUCAAAGGAUGGGAAAGAGAAUCGGCGUAAGCUCCUGGAUGUUGAUGAUCCCCAUGAUUACGUGUGCUUCUUACUUUCUCGGACCACACGCGGAGGUCGUAGUUGAAGGCUUGGACUGGAAAAGCAACCUGAUCCACUGGGGUUUCUGUGUUGGUCCUAGCGGCUUCGGCAAGUCUCAGGCUUACCACAAGAUCGACAAGAACGUUGACGUGGUUGAGGGCAUCAUCAACGAUGAGAUCAAGGAGCAUGUUCUAAAGCAUCUGGACCGCGACAUUUACAAGGAAGGCUCAAACGACUUGGAAAGGCUUUUGUCAGAGACGAAGUUUCUGAAGGUGAACUUCGAGAGGCUCUUCCAAAUGAUUCUGUCUGCUCGUGAUCACUCGGGGAUGCUACACUUCGAAGAAGCACAUCAAUUCUUCGAGAUGCUCGAUGCGUACAAGAAAGGGAACUCCGACAGAGUUCGAGCUCUGCAACUGAAGGGGGGCUCCAGCUGGACUCGCGAGCUGGUCAACGACAACGAGAGCAAGACUUGCGAGUACACGCAUGUGUGCAUCGGAGGGUUCACUCAGCCGGAGCCGCUCGAGAGGGAGCUCAGCAAGACUCCCAACGACGGUUUGAUGAACCGUUGGCAGAUGGUCUUCCCCCCCCCCGAGUUUCCAGAUUUCAGCCAGCUGUGCAUUGAAUCAGACCAAAAGCAAGCUAUCGACCAGGACAACGACAUCAUGCAGAGACUCAUGUACCGGCUGUACUGGCUGACACACAGCCUGGAAGAGGACAAGGCCAUGACCACCUUCACACUUCAAGGAGCCGCUCGACAAGUUUUUGGGGAGGGUUUCGACAACAUCCAAAAAGUUUUGCGAGCGCUGUACGAGAAGGACUUGCUUCACAAGGCCGGGAUCAUCUCCAAGGCAAAGGGCGAGGUGCUACAGACUUCUGCAAUCUUUAGAGCAAUGAACCUGGUUCUUGAUCCUGCUUACGAGACUCUGGUCGAAGACCCCAACUCCUUCCUCAUCACGGAAGACGACGUGCGGCAGGCUUGGAACUUCGUGAACCUGAGCACGAGGCAGAGGAUCGAGUUUGAGAAUGAUCGAGAGGUCAACAAGGUCUGCAGCAAAGUCCUCGGCUGGAAGCAGGUUGGUCUCCGUGAGAAAGAAGAUGACGACGACGACGACGACUGGCAAGACGACGACGCCCAAGACCAAUUGAACGAGUUGGACAUGAAAGCAAAGAGGCUCUUCAAGGCGUUCCCAGACGAGACGAUCAGCCGCAUCGAAGUUUCAAGAAAGAGAACGCAGGGCAACAACACCGAGAUCAAGGAAGUGUUUGACUACAUCUCUUCCAAGGACGACGAAUCCGCUCACUACUUCGGCUCGGUGAAGGAGAUGGUCAAGGGCCAGAUCAGCAAACAAACGCAGGACGUGUUCAUUAAGACGAUCCCCAAGACCGAGGAGGAGAACAUCCAGCUGAUCAACAACCUGUCCCGCAUUGGAAUGACUCUGGACGCGUUCCUCCCGCCACGCGCUCGCAAGAACAUGAAGCCGUCAACUGCUAGCAACUCAGACAACUCGGACCCCGGCAACUCGUCCCGUGCUUCUGACGGCCAGGAAAUGGAGAUGGAGUGA